AUGAGUUCAGAGGAGAAGAUUAUAUCUCCAGCUCACAAAACAUCCACUCCAUCACAUAGAAGUGCCUCCUCUUCAUCAUCAUCUCAGAGGGAUAGGCGGCAGAGUGUUCAUAUUUUGGAGCGUAAGGCUUCUUCAGGAAGCACAGACCCUUCAUUAAGCAAGCAGUUCCUUGAAAGUGACCCUAUUUCUCUAUCCAAGGAACCUGACAGCUGGGAAAUCAUAGAGGGUCUGAAAAUUGGCCAGACCAAUGUUCAGAAGCCAGACAAGCAUGAAGGUUUCAUGCUGAAAAAGAGAAAAUGGCCUCUAAAGGGUUGGCACAAGAGGUUUUUUGUCCUGGAUAAUGGAAUGUUGAAAUAUUCAAAGUCACCAAUUGAUAUACAGAAAGGCAAAGUCCAUGGGAGCAUUGAUGUUGGUUUAUCGGUUAUGUCCAUAAAAAAGAAGGCUCGUAGAAUAGAUCUUGACACAGAAGAACACAUCUAUCACCUGAAGGUGAAGUCCCAGGAUUCUUUUGAUGCAUGGGUUUCCAAAUUGCGCCACCACCGGCUGUACCGCCAGAAUGAGAUUGUGAGAUCUCCCAGAGAUGCCAGCUUUCAUAUAUUCCCUUCAGCCUCUACUACGGAGUCUUCGCCAGCUGCUAAUGUGUCGGAAGGAAAGGUGCAACAAAAUAGCUUACCCUGGCAGUCUCCUAUACCUUGCAGUAACAGCCUUCCUGCCACCUGCACUACUGGUCAGAGUAAAGUAGCAGCCUGGCUGCAGGACUCUGAAGAGAUGGACAGAUGCGCAGAAGAUCUUGCUCAUUGUCAGGCAAACCUUGUGGAACUCAGUAAACUUCUUCAAAAUUUAGAAAUACUACAGAGAACUCAGUCAGCCCCAAAUUUCACAGACAUGCAGGCUAACUGUGUAGAUAUUUCAAAGAAAGACAAACGGGUCACGAGACGAUGGAGAACAAAAAGUGUCAGCAAAGAUGCAAAAAUUCAACUUCAGGAAGGGCCGGCACCGAAGGGCCAGUUCAGCACAACACGUCGCCGGCAGAGACUAGCAGCUGCAGUGGCUACAACAGUCCCUUUCAGUGCUACGAUGUCACCUGUUAGACUGCAUUCAUCCAAUCCAAACCUUUGUGCAGACAUUGAGUUUCAGACUCCCCCAAGCCAUGUAACAGACUCUCUGGAGUGCUCUACUGAGUACAUGAAGCUUCAAGAAGAAUUCUGCUUGAUGGCACAAAAAGUGCAUUCUCUUUUGAAGUCUGCCUUUAACAGCAUAGCUAUAGAGAAGGAGAAGCUUAAGCAGAUUGUUUCAGAGCAGGAUCUUGCAGGCCACAAUGCUCAAGUAGCACACCUCAGACAGUCACUCUCUCAGGCUCUCAACCAGAAUGCUGAACUAAGGAGUCGCUUGAACAGAAUACAUUCAGAAUCUGUUAUUUGUGAUCAGGUUGUCAGUGUAAAUAUUAUCCCUAGUCCUGAUGAGACGGGUGAACAAAUUCAUGUCAGUUUGCCACUGUCUCAGCAAGUUUCUAAUGAGAGCAGGCUCUCUAUGUCUGAAUCUGUUUCAGAGUUCUUUGAUGCACAGGAAGUGCUUCUAUCUGCCAGCUCAUCAGAAAAUGAGGCUUCUGAUGAUGAAUCUUAUAUCAGUGAUGUGAGUGAUAAUAUAUCUGAGGACAACACCAGUGUUGCAGACAACAUUUCUCGGCAAAUUCUUAAUGGUGAGCUAACAGGAGGUGCGUUCAGGAAUGGCCGGAGAACUUGUCUCCCAGCUCCCAGCCCUGACACCAGUAACAUCAAUCUGUGGAAUAUUUUAAGAAAUAACAUUGGUAAAGAUCUUUCCAAAGUAUCCAUGCCAGUUGAACUAAAUGAACCUCUGAAUACCUUGCAACAUCUUUGUGAAGAGCUGGAAUACAGUGAACUCUUGGACAAGGCAGCUGAAACAGAUGAUCCUUAUGAACGCAUGGUCCUCAUAGCUGCUUUUGCAGCAUCAGGCUAUGCCUCUACAUACUUUAGAGCAGGAAGCAAGCCAUUUAACCCACUGCUUGGUGAAACUUACGAAUGUAUUAGAGAAGACAAAGGAUUUCGUUUUUUCUCAGAGCAGGUUAGCCACCAUCCUCCCAUUUCGGCCUGUCACUGUGAAUCAAAGAACUUCGUGUUUUGGCAAGAUAUCAGGUGGAAAAACAAAUUCUGGGGGAAAUCAAUGGAAAUUCUUCCAGUUGGAACCUUGAAUGUGACACUUCCAAAGUAUGGAGACUACUAUGUCUGGAACAAAGUCACUACUUGCAUACAUAAUAUUCUUAGUGGAAGGAGGUGGAUAGAACACUAUGGAGAGAUAACUAUCAGAAACACAAAAAGCAGUGUCUGUAUUUGUAAACUCACAUUUGUCAAGGUGAACUACUGGAAUUCAAAUGUAAAUGAGGUCCAGGGUGUUGUGAUGGAUCAAGAAGGGAAGGUGGUUCAUCGCCUUUUUGGAAAGUGGCAUGAAGGCCUUUAUUGUGGAGUUGCCCCUUCAGCCAAAUGCAUAUGGAGGCCAGGCUCCAUGCCAACCAAUUAUGAACGUUACUACGGCUUCACGAGGUUUGCUAUUGAGCUCAAUGAAUUAGAUCCUUUACUGAAAGAUCUUCUUCCUUCAACAGAUGCACGAUUCAGGCCAGAUCAAAGGCUUCUGGAGGAAGGAAAUAUAGAAGCGGCAGCAUCUGAGAAACUAAGAAUAGAGGAACUCCAGAGAAGUCGGAGGCGGUACAUGGAGGAAAAUGGCAUUGAAUAUGUACCCAAGUUUUUUAAAAAAGUUAUUGAUGCCAAUCAAAGAGAAGCCUGGGUUACCAAUGAUACCUACUGGGAACUGCGAAAGGAUCCUGGCUUUAGUAAAGUAGAUAUUCCUGUACUCUGGUAA